AUGUCCCUUGCCUCUGCUUACGGUAUCAACAGUCUUCUUAAAGAAGGACACAAACAUUUCUCUGGUAUGGAAGAAGCUCUUUUGAAGAACAUUAAUGCUUGCAAAGAAAUCUCUAACAUGACCAAGACCUCUCUCGGUCCCAAUGGUAUGAAGAAGAUGGUUAUCAACCACCUUGAUAAGAUUUUUGUUACUUCUGAUGCUGCCACCAUCAUGCAAGAAUUGGAAGUUCAACACCCUGCUGCCAAAAUGAUCGUUAUGGCUGCUAAGAUGCAAGAAAACGAAUGUGGUGAUGCCACCAACUUAGUUAUUGCUUUGGCUGGUGAACUCCUCAGUCAAGCUGAAUCUUUAAUUAAGAUGGGUCUCCACCCCUCUCAAAUUAUUGCUGGUUACGAAAAGGCUCUUAAGGCUACCGUAUCCCUCCUCCCCACUCUUUCCAUUUACACCGUUGAAGAUCCUACCAAUUUGGAAUAAGUUAACAAAGCUAUCAGAGCUUCUCUCUCCUCCAAGCUCAUCCACCACGCUGACUUUUUCUCUAAGAUUGUUUCAUAAGCCUGUAUUAACAGUAAGCCUGAAAAUGAUGGAGAGUUUGAUUUGGAAUACGUCAGAGUUGCUAAGAUUUUGGGUGCCUCUAUUGAUGACUCCUACGUCCAAUAAGGUUUGAUCAUUACCAGAAGCUCUGAAGGCUCUAUCACAAGAGUUACUAACCCCAAGGUUGCUGUUUACUCUUGCCCUCUCGAUACCCAACAAGCUGAAACUAAGGGAACUGUUUUAAUUCAAAAUGCUGAACAACUCCUUAAUUACACUAAAUCUGAAGAAUCCCACGCUGAAUCCAUUGUCAAGAAAAUUGCUGAUUCUGGUGUUAAUUUUAUCAUUGCUGGUGGUUCCAUCUCUGAAAUCGUUUUACAUUACGUCGAAAAAUAUAAAAUGAUGAUUGUUAAGUGCACUUCCAAGUUCGAAUUAAAGAGAAUUUGCAAGGCUUUGGGUGCUUCUCCUGUUGCUAGAUUAGAUGCUCCUAAUCCUGAAGAAAUUGGUUUCUGCGACUCUGCCUCAGUUGAAGAAAUCGGUUCUCAAAAGGUCACCAUUAUUAAGAAGGAAAGCUCCGACUGCAAAUUAAAUACUAUUGUUUUGAGAGGUUCUACCCUUAACCUUUUGGACGAUAUUGAACGUGCUAUUGACGAUGGUGUCAAUGUUUACAGAUGUCUCCUCAAGGACGGCAAGUUUGUCCCUGGUGCUGGUGCCACUGAAGCCAUCUUAUCAUACAAGUUAUAAUCUGAAGCUAAGAGCUUAGAAGAUCUCUCCCAAUAUGCUUUCAACAGAUUUGCUUUAUCUUUUGAAAUUAUCCCCAGAAUUUUGUCUGAUAAUGCAGGUUUGAACUCUAACGAAAUCAUCCCCAAGCUCAACACUGCCAAUAAGGAAGAACCCCACGGUAUUGAUAUUGAUAAUGGCUCUAUUAAGAAAUCCUCUGAAUUAGCUGUCUAUGACCACUUACAAUCUAAGUUAUGGGCUAUUAGAUUAGCUGCUGAUGCUGCCAUUACUAUCCUUAAGGUUGAUUAGGUAAACCCAUUUAAAUAAUAUUAAUCACUACAAAAAUAAAUGAAUUUGAUUGAAAAUAUGCUUACUUAUUUUUGUUAUUUUAUAAUAGAUCGUAAUUGCUAAGCAAGCUGGUGGUCCUAAGAUGAACCAAUAAUAGGGUCACUGGGACGACUAAGAAUGAGGAAUUUGAGUAGUUUCAAAAAUUAAAUAGUAAUAAUCACAAUAACAACAAUAACAACUUUAAUUCAAUAACAUAAAUUUAAUAACCAAAUUAUUUUAUUUUUCAUUAAAAAUAUAAUAUAACAUAAAUUUUGUAAGCAGAUAUGCGACUUACAAUUCUCAAAUCAAAUCACACUAUCUAUAUCCUUCAUUCAUUUUUAACUUACAAAAAUUAACUUAAUUUAAAUAUAGUUAGUUUUGAUUUUAGUUGUUUUUAAUUAUAUAUUCUAUUUCAGUUUGAAAAAUACUCUUAUUCAGUUCUAAAUAAAUUCCAUAAAAUUCUGUUUGUUUAAUUAUUCAUUUAUUUUUAUUAAAUUGUCUUUAUUUUAUUUUAAUAAAUAAUUUCGUAGAACAUUUUUUUUUUCCAUACUUUAUUUUCGAAAUAUAAAAGAUGAAUUUAAUUGUUUGUUUUCAUUUUUGAUAUAUUUUAUAUUGCUAUGUAAAUCUUUAAUGAUUAUAAAUAUUUAUUUAUUUAUAAUUUUAGAUUUAAAAAACACUAAAUUAACUAAAUUUAAUUUUUAUAAAUUAAAUAAUUUUUUUAUAUUCUUCUCAAAAAAAAAUAAAAAUAAAGAAGAUCAUUUAUUAAAUAAUUUUUUUUUAAAAAUGUUUAAAAUUGAGAAUUAAAUUAAUUUUACUUUCAAAUAUGAAAAUUUAAAAAUAUGUAAAAUUUAAUGGUAAAUCAACUAAUAAAUUAGCAUUUAUAAUACAAUUUUAAUUUAAUAAUAUCAAUUAUCAAAAAAAUAAUCUUAUUUUUUAAGGUCUAUAAUAAAAUACAUUUUUACUAAAUAAGCGAAAUUAAAAAGCUAAAUAUUUGAAAUAAAUUAAUUUAUUAAAAAUAAUUAUAAAAAUUGA